CAUAGAAAAACGCCUCCAGGCUAGUUUUGAUCCGUUUUUGGGCUUGUUUUGUUUUGAAGACCUGGCAACCCUGAGCCAGAAACACUUCCGGCGCUGGACGCUCACGCGAGAUGUCCGAGGGUUUCCUGAUGGAGGUGUGUGUGGACUCGGUGGAGUCAGCCAUCAACGCAGAGCGAGGAGGUGCGGGGCGUAUUGAGCUGUGCUCUAGCCUGCUGGAGGGAGGACUGACGCCCAGCACAGGUCUGCUGCAGGUGGUGAAAGAGAGCGUGCGGAUCCCGGUGUAUGUCAUGAUCCGGCCCCGCGGCGGGGACUUCCUGUACUCAGACUGGGAGGUGGAGGUGAUGAAGAGGGACAUCGAGCAGAUGAAGCUUCACAGAGCAGACGGCCUGGUGUUUGGAGCGCUGACAGAAGACGGACGCGUGGAUAAUGAGCUCUGCAUGGAGCUGCUGGCGGCUAGUCGACCUUUACCAGUUACAUUUCACAGAGCCUUUGACAUGGUCCACGAUCCGGCGGUGGCAUUAGAGGCUCUGAUCUCGCUGGGCUUCGAGAGGAUUCUGACCAGUGGUUGUGACAGCUCUGCACUGGAAGGUUUACCUGUAAUUAAACGCCUGGUGGAACAGGCAAAGGACAGAAUCGUAAUAAUGCCAGGAGGAGGAAUCACCGAGAGGAACCUGCAGAGGGUUCUAGAAGCGUCUGGAUCUCAGCAGUUCCACUGCUCUGCUCGCUCCAGCAAGGACUCCACCAUGAAGUUUAGGAAUUCUAAUGUGAGUAUGGGAGGCUCUCUGUCCAUACCAGAAUAUGCAGUAAAAGUGGCUGAUGUGACUAAAGUACGUACGCUGAACGCCAUUGCGAAGAACAUAGUCUAGGAUACGUGGAGCAUCGUUCAUUUGUUUCUACAGAAGUCAAUAAGAGCUGUACAGCAGUACAAGAGGGACACUCUCUAGAAUAUUCAUGUGAACCUAGUCUAUAACAAUUUACAAUGAAGUUGAAACAAAAAUAAAAAACUUGAAAUGUGCCAUGAUCGGUAAAAUCUUUUAUUAGAUUCGACAUUUUGCAGGUGUGAAAUAAAAUCCUUCUAUUCUCUUGAGCCAUGGCAUAUGUUCAUGCUAAUCUUCUAAUAUUCCCUCUUUAAAUAAAAAAAAAACAUUUUGAACUU